AUUUCAUUUAGUCUUUGGUUGGCGGUGUUACAGUGAAAACGCGCGCGUAAUUUUCCUGUCUGGUCGUUAAGCGUUGAGCGAGCGCAGCAAAUCGCAGUGAUUUUUAUUGGAACGUUUUGGCAGACGUAAUGAGAAUUAAGUUAAAAAAAUCAUAAGUCUGGUUUCGAAUUGGCGCGUUUAAGAAAUAUCUGCAUAUGUAUGUCUAUGUAAUGCAUAUUUGCGGUCGUGUGUAGCAGACAAAUGAGUAAUGUAGCCGAAUAAUUGGAGCAAAGGACGUGUCUUGAAAAAAAAAAAACAAGCAAACCUGCCAUUCAUGACCCAAAGGUUCAAGUUGUUAUGGAAUUUACUCGUAUAUACAUAUCUACUUGUGUUUAAAUUACUUCGUCUUUAAUGCUGGUUUAGCUCAAGGCAUGAUAAAGUUAGUACCUUUACAAAUGUGGAAACAUUCCAAUUUUGGCGUACAAUAGAGGUGUGUGUACUUGUUGUUGGGAGUGUGAACGGCGCGACGGAUUUGGCACAAGAAUCAGAUUAGCAGUUCAAGAGCGUACGAGAUCCCGUGGACAGUAGAAAGUAGUAUAGUGAUCAUUUCAAUUGUCAGUUGUGAAGACUCCGAGCAAAAUGAAUAUCGCCAGCAGUAGCCUCCUCGUCUAUAGCGUAACAAUCGUACUAUUCACGCUGGUAUAUGCGAAUCAGAAAUUGGGCGCACCAAAUCCACAGCCUCAGCAAAUAUGUCCGGAGCAAAACGACAUUGCACCUUGUAUAUGUACGGUUAAGAAAAAUGGCUUAGAUAUUUUGUGUGAAACGACCGAUUUAGCGCACAUCACCAAAUCAAUGGGCACUUUGAAAGGCCAGAGUCCCAUCAUAUUCUAUUUAAAAUUACGUCAUAAUAACCUACCCAAAUUGCAAGGCUUCGUUUUCUUGGCACUGGACAUCCGUCAUUUGACUAUACAUAAUAGCAGUUUGGCAGCCAUUGAGGAGAAUGCACUCAGUUCUUUAGGCAAUGGACUCACACAGUUGGAUGUUUCACAGAAUCAAAUGAAAACGGUACCAUCUGCUGCAUUGAAACAUCUCUUCCGCUUGUUGAUUCUGAAUUUGAAUCACAAUAAAAUCGGUGUUAUCCAUAAUAAUGCGUUCGAGGGCUUGGAUACUCUAGAAAUACUUACAUUAUACGAAAAUAAAAUUGUCACAAUCGAGCCGGAAGCGUUCCGAGGAGUAGAAAAAAAACUUAAACGAUUAAAUCUGGGAGGCAAUGACCUUACGGUAAUUCCACAAAAGGCGCUAUCUAUACUUGAUUCUUUGAAGAAAUUGGAAAUUCAAGAAAAUAAAAUUGGUAGCAUACAUGAAGGCGAUUUUGCAGGAAUGGAGAGCUUAGAUUCUUUGAUUUUGGCGCAUAACAUGAUCACCAGUGUACCUGCCAAUGUGUUCUCUCACCUCAGUAUUUUGAAUUCGUUGGAAUUGGAGGGUAAUAAAAUCGAAAUUAUCGACAAGGAUGGGUUUAAGGGAUUGGAGGAGAAUCUUCAAUAUCUCCGUUUGGGUGAUAAUAAUAUACAAUCCAUACCUAGCGAAGCAUUACGUCCGCUGCAUCGCUUGCGCCAUCUAGAUUUGAGAAAUAACAAUAUAAGUUUCAUACAGGAAGACGCCUUUACCGGCUACGGAGAUUCGCUAACAUUUCUAAAUCUCCAAAAGAAUGACAUCAAAUUUUUACCGAGUAUGAUUUUUGAAAAUCUCAAUUCUCUCGAAACUUUAAAUGUCCAAAACAACAAACUGUCACAUAUACCACAAGACAUAAUGGAACCAAUUACUGAUACGUUGCGCAUAAUCGACAUUACAGAUAAUCCUUUAAUAUGUUCAUGUGAACUCACAUGGUUCCCAAGGCUUUUGCAAGAUCUGAAGAAUAGAGAUGACGAAAUGGCACAGAAGAACAAGCCAGCGUGUCUCAUGCCUAUUGAAAAUCGACAAUAUUAUGUACAAACAAUGCCAUUGGAAAAGAUGAAUUGUGGGGGCAAAAACGCCAGUCCCUCGCCAAUUCCUCAAAACUUGCUGCGUAUGAAUGCUUUCGCUCUUAGCAUAUUUACUGUGGUGUCUAGAUUCUAAUUUGUUUCACUGCAGCGCGCGCAAGAAGUGCAAUUACAAAUCAAUGUACUACAUAUAUAUACAUAUAUCAUUACAGGAGAGCAAUGAGCGAGUACUCAAGUCAAUGUAAAUCGGGACAAAAUUUAUAUACAUUUACGUACAAAUAUCUAUCUAUAUAGACUCUUGUCGGCAAGGGUCGAUCUGCUGAGAGUGUCAUAGAUUCGCGCAAA